AAAAUGUUCCAGAUACCUCAAAGGUAACUUUUGUUAAUAACCCUAUGAUCGAAGGACAUAUAUUAUUAAAAACUCUUUUCUUCAUCUCCGUCUCUUUACAGAGACAGCUUCGCGUUACUACUGGUGCAUUGAUUGCCUAGGAUUUGGUACUGGGUUGUUGUAGUCUUUUAUGUAUUCUGUUUCACAAGAAAAUUAAAGGUAAGGAGAUUAAUUUCAGUUGCUAGGAAGUGUUUGCACCCUCUUAAUUUUGUUUGCUUGUUACAUUCCCACCACUUGAAAAUUCAGAACAUGCCUCUCAUAUCCCAACAGUUGAGAUCUAUUUCCAGGAAGGACUUCUGUUGGAGGUCCAAGUUUUAUUUCCCAACCAAAUCCUUAGAAUGUCAGUCCUCCUUUCUUUGCAUUGACUUCCUUGGCAUCCUACACAACCGAAAUCAUGCGGCGAAUUACUUCUCAAAUUCCAAGUCCCAAUUUAAGGUGUUUUACUUUGUUCACUCAGUCGCAAAAUCCCACUCACUAAUUGAAUUUCAACAAGAGCCACCUGGUGAAUUAGCACUUAAAGUUCAAAACGUCCUCAAGAAUUAUAGAGACAGCCCGACAAGGAAGAUUGAGCUUGCUCUCACCCAAUGCAACCCCACUGUGACUGAGGAUCUAAUCUUGAAAGUACUGAAGAGGCAUCGAUCUGAUUGGAAACCAGCUUUAAUAUUCUUCAAUUGGGUUUCUAAAGGAGGUAAAGUCCUUAUGGGGUCUGGUGCUUAUAAUGAGAUUCUUGACAUUCUUGGAAAAAUGAGACGGUUUGAUGAAUUGAGCCAAGUGCUCGACAUAAUGUCCAAGAGAGAGGGACUUGUCAAUGAGGAAACGUAUAGAGUUCUAGUUAAUAGAUAUGCUGCUGCACAUAAGGUGGAGGAGGCCAUUGAAAUUUUCAAUACGAGGAGAGAUAUAGGGCUAGAGAUUGACUUGGUUUCAUUCCAGAAUCUUUUGAUGUUCUUAUGUAGGUAUAAGCAUGUACAAAUUGCAGAAUCUCUUCUAUAUUCUAAGGGAAAAGAUUUUGGCAUGGAUAUAAAGACUAUGAAUAUUGUUCUGAAUGGGUGGUGUGUGUUGGGAAAUGUACAUGAGGCAAAGAGGUUUUGGAAAGAUAUAAUUGGGUCUAAAUGCAAGCCAGAUUUAUUUACUUAUGGAACUUUUAUAAAAGCAUUAACCAAGAAGGGCAAGUUAGGCACAGCCUUGAAAAUCUAUCGAGCUAUGUGGGAGAAACAGUGCAAACCAGAUGUGGUGAUCUGCAAUUGUAUAAUUGAUGCAUUGUGUUUCAAGAAUAGAGUUCCUGAGGCUCUGGAAGUUUUCAGGGAAAUGAGUCAGCAGGGCUGUUUACCAAAUGGGGCUACCUACAACUCGCUUAUUAAGCAUUUCUCCAGAAUUCGGAGGAUGGAGAAGGUUUAUGAGCUUUUGGAUGAAAUGUUGGACAAGAAGGGGAGUUGCAUGCCAGAUCAUAUAACUUUCAACUACUUGCUCAAGGCAUUAAAGAAGCCAGAGGAACUGCCUUUGGUCUUGGAAAGGAUGGAGAGAAACGGAUGCAUGAUCAGCACUGACACAUAUAACUUGAUCUUGAGAUUGUAUGCAGACUGGGAUUGUGAGGAAAGAGUAGGAGAUACUUGGAACGAGAUGGAGAAACUUGGGUUGGGACCUGAUCGACGAUCCUAUACUAUUAUGAUUCACUGGCUCUAUGAAAAGGGAAGAAUUAAUGAUGCUUUGCAUUACUUUGGGGAGAUGACCUCUAAGGGUAUGGUGUCAGAGCCUAGGACUGAGAUGUUGGUCAGUUCCAUGAAUAUGAAGUUGAAGGACAAUGAUGCUGAACAAGGGGAAAAAGAUGCAAUUAAUGGUGUGAAAUCAUUAGGGUCCAUGCAUAAAAGGAGAAGGGAAAUAAGAGUGAGGUUUCCAUCUCCCUCAGAUGAUGAAACAGGUUGUUGUCUUCUUCAGAUGAUGUGGUUUAUAUAAAAGGUGCAACAGUUUUUAUGAAUUCCAUGAGAUUUUUUUGCCAUAAACAUCGCCUUCUCUCCACUUCCUCUGCAACAUCAUAUUCGUUUCCAUGGAUAUCUCC